GCGCUGCUCUUCGGGCUCUUCUCGGCGCUGUCGCUGCCCCUGGGGGCGCUGCUGGGGCUGGCGCUGCGGCCGAGCGAGCGGGUGGUGGCCAAGUGGAUGGGGCUCGGCGCUGGCUCCCUGGUGUACGCCGUCGCCACCCAACUCUUCGGCAAGACGCUGUUCAAGCUGCUCGCCCGCUCUCCGGACCCGUUCAUGCACGAGGUGGAGUGCGACAAGAUAUGCAAGGGCCUGUGGCGUCAGGUCAACCUGCAG